CGUGCCUGAAAGAAAAAAAGGCACUUCGCUGUCAGCCCGACUUCUACCUCAAAAGGAAGAAACGAAGGAGAAACCUCGCAGACAUUUCCACUCCUUCGACUCCAGGUCUAAUGACGUCAUUCUCACCCUCCAAUUGGAGCUGACAAUGUCGUCGACACCUCAAAGAAGUGAUGAGCGGCAGACAGCCAUCGUUGCCGAACACCUGCAUGCGGGAUACGGCACGGCUUUUGACGCCGGUGAAGAUGCCGGUGGGUCGGGUUUGGAGACCCAGUCGGCCCAUUCCGCUCCGCCGGUGACCGCGGGCGUGACCGGGGAGGGGGAGGAACAGCAGGAAUCCUCGCUCAGGCUGCCCGGCGGGGACAUACACCGAGGCCUCUACAAAAUCAAGGCGGCCCCCAUACAAAGGUCCAAGACCUUUUCCCAUCCACCAAGACAGGACUCCGAGGCUACGGAUGACGACGGCAUGCUUCACCCUGAGGAGAUGCUACAACCUCAGGGCUUCCGACGGCAAUUUGUCAUGCAGAAACAUCGUGUACAAGGCGGCAGGAACCUACCCAUUACCAGGAACUUCAUCGAGUUCCUCGACCUGUACGGUUCCUUUGCUGGCGAGGACCUGGCUGAGUCGGACGAGGAAGCCCUUGAGUUUGAGGAGGAGGAAGAGGAGCAGGAGGCAGGCACGGCUCCAACCGAGACACGGCCGCUUCUUGGCCGCCGUAGACCGUCGACGCGGCCCCCCAAAAAAGGCGACUCCGGCAUGGUCAAUACCUUCUUCACGACGGUCAAGGCCUUCAUCGGCACGGGCAUCAUGUUUCUGCCCAAGGCGUUCAAGAACGGCGGCAUUCUGUUCUCAUCGCUGGCCAUGCUCUCCGUCGCCGCCAUCUCCAUGCUCGCCUUCCACCUGCUGCUUGCGUGCAGGGCGCGCUAUGGCGGGGGCUACGGCGACAUCGGAAGGGAGAUCGCCGGUCCCAGGAUGCGUGCCCUGAUCUUGGGGUCCAUCACGCUGUCGCAGCUGGGAUUCGUCUGCACUGGUUUGGUCUUCGUUGCCGACAACUGGCACUCCUUCCUGCAGGCCGUCACCAACGGAGCCAGCCCUGUCGGCGUCAUUCCCCUCAUCGCCGUGCAAGCCGCCGUCAUCAUCCCGCUCUCCUUCAUCCGCAACAUCUCCAAGCUGGGCCCGGCCGCGCUGAUCGCCGACGUGUUCAUCGUCAUCGGCCUCGUGUACAUCUACUACUACGACAUCGUGGCACUCUCCAGCCGCGGGAUGCACCCCUCGGUCGAGCUCUUCAACCCCGACGCCUACACCAUGACCAUCGGGGCCUCCAUCUUCACCUUUGAGGGCAUCGGCCUCGUGCUGCCGAUCCAGUCCUCGAUGCGGAACCCCGAGCGGUUCGAGCCGCUCCUGGGCGUGGUCAUGCUCAUCAUCACCGUCAUCUUCACGUCGAUCGGCGCGCUCUGCUACGCCACCUUCGGCUCGGACACGCAGAUCGAAGUCAUCGACAACUUCCCGCAGGACAGCCGGCUGGUCAACGCCGUGCAGGUCAUGUACGCGCUGGCGGUGCUGGUGGGCAACCCGGUGCAGCUGUUCCCGGCCAUGCGCAUCCUCGAGCACCGCUUCUUCGGCGACCGCUCGGGCAAGAAGGACCUGCUGACCAAGUGGAAGAAGAACGCCUUCCGGUCCGCCCUCGUCGCCGUGUGCGUCGCCAUCUCCAUCGCCGGGUCGGCGAACCUGGACCGCUUCGUCGCCCUCAUCGGGUCGCUUGCUUGCGUGCCAUUGGUCUACAUCUACCCGCCGUACCUGCACUACAAGGGCGUCGCCACGUCGAGGGCGGCCAAGAUUGGGGACCUGGCUUUCAUGACUCUCGGGGCAGUGGGAAUGGUCUACACUACUACCAUCACUGUGGUCAACAGUUUUUUGCACUAGGUUGGACGUUGGCGGAGCACGGCAGAGUACUUGCUUGGGUCAGACAGUCUAAAUUUCUGGCAAUCGGCCAACCUCAAGCCAUGUGCAAUAACAUAAAAGACAUGUUGCUUGCCUGCCUAGCAAGUGGCAAGCAUCUGUCUACUUUCACUUAACCACAGGUUAACAAGCCAUUGAUUUGCGCAGUUCAGGACGGUUCAAUGGCUGACUCAGCGAUGGACAGUAUAGGCAUCUAAUAACUGACGCUGUCUUGGUCGCUGAGGCGGUAAUUACGUACAGUUAUUUGGGUGCUUACCUAGGUAGCUUUAGUUGAGCACUAGAUGGAUAUUUCAGACACAGAGAUGCUGGCCACGCUCGGUGCAACAUUGACUCCAAAGCAUAAAAAAGGCCUUUGUUUCUGCUGCAGGCUUAUGGACUUUUUACAGCCAAGAAAAAAGAGAGAAAAAAA